AUGCAGACUCCAUUGAUCAUAUCCACCCCCUCCGUAAUAUGGCAAAAGAUUUACCUAGACGUGAUGUUCAUGCCUCCCGCUCAAGGGUUUCAGUAUAUUGUCGCCGCACGAGAUGACCUGUCACGAUGUUCGGAAGGUCGUGCACUGCGAAAUAAUACUGCUGAUGCUAUCGCCAAGUUUGUUUGGGAAGAGAUAUUUUGCCAAAGAGGACACUUCAUCAUACGAGAAUCCAUCGUGAAGGCUUGCGAAGGAAAUCUCACCCGCUGGCCUGAUAAGGUGGCAGCUGCAUUCUUUGCAGACAAGGUUACCGUUUCAGCAGCUACUGGUUGUUCCCCAUUCUAUUUGCUUCACGGCGCACAUCCCGUUCUACCAUUUGACCUCACAGAAGCCACCUGGAUGAUUCGAGGCUACCGGGCUGGUCUAUCCACAGUAGAUCUGCUCGCCUUACGCAUACGCCAGCUUCUGAAGCUUCCAACCGACAUGGAACGAGCGGCCCGGAAACUUGCACAUUACCGAUUCCAGACUAAGCUGCAGUUUGAAGAACGCUUCGCUAAACGAUUGAACCGUGAACAUUUCUCACCAGGCGAAUUAGUUCUUAUUCGCAAUACCCGGGUAGAAAAGUCAUUAAACCGCAAGGCGCUGAAUCGCUACUUUGGACCGUUCGUGGUUCACAAACGCACCAGCAAGGGGUCCUAUGUUCUCAAGGAGUUGGACGGAACCAACAUUCGCCAUGGGUACGCUGGAUUUCGCCUUGUGCCCUACAUCGCCAGAGACCGUUUAUCUCUAAGACAAUUGGGUAAGGAUGUACUAGAGGAAGAAAGCGAAGAGGAAGUGCUGAGACAGGAAGGAACAGAGAAAAGACUGGAAGAUGACUGGACACAAUCUGAAGAGGAGGGUAGGUGA